GGUAAAACAUGCAUAUGUGAACAUGCUGUCUUCUUUCUCUGCAUAACAGCCCAGAUCCUGCUUUAGGAGGCAGGACUGGCAUUUGCAUAUACCCGCGGAGUUGGAACUAUAAAGCUCUAUCCAGGGUUAGUUACGUAGUUUAUCUGUCCUUAAAAAUGGCUACACUUGACCCUGCUGCUCUGGAGAAAGAGCUGGAGGCGCUCAGACGUCAGCGAUUUGAGGCCAGUCAGAAGGUCCGGGCAUCGCGGCAGCCGCCUGCUGGUCCCGCUCCUCAAGCUCGCAACGCUGCUGGUGAGGCCUCUGGCGCUCGUCCUGUGCCCGGCAGCGGCCGCUUCGGCCAGGACCGCAGCUUCGGAGGACCGCCGCCCGGCCGCGGUGAAGACCUGCGUUCUCGCGCCUCGGGGCCCUUCCGUGACGGACCCCUCCCAGGCCGUCUGGGUCCCUCUUCCGCCCCUCCCCGAGGUGGCCCGCCAAACAGCCUCGAUGGCCCUCCCUCACGUGGUGGCCGCUUUGACAGCGGUCCGGGGCCCUUCUCCUCCGCCCGCGGUGCUCGAGGCGAGCAUCACACCAUCGAGUACGGCCGUGACCGUGAUCGUGAUCGUGACCGGGGGGGACGCGACUGGGGUGCGGGUGGUGCUGCCGCCGUGGGGGGCUCGGGGGCAGCAGCAGCGGCAGCUCCGCAGCGGCGGCGGGCAGUGCUGUCGAUGGUCGUCCGGGAGGGGGAGCCGGCGCAGCAGCAUCGGGAGGGUGGCGAGGCGGAGAUGGAGGAGGAGGGGCGGAGCAGGGGCGGACGUGACUGGGAGGGCGGCGAUCGGGGCGGUUCGAGGAGUCAGCGGGAGCGGGAGGAGCGGGGUUGGGAGCGGGGUGAUGGCGGAGAGGACCGCCGUACCGACUACCACCGAGGCGAGGAGGGCCGGGGCGAGGGCGGCGGCCGCGGUCUGAAGCGCUCCUUGCCUCCCUCCCUCAGCCCUGCCUCUGAUGCUCCUGCCCCUGCUGCUCCCCCCGCUGCGGGUGCGGUUGACCCCGACAGUCGCAAGCGCGCCCGGCGGCUGCUGGGUCGGGCGCUGCUGGGCACCCUGCAGAAGUUCAGGCAGGAGGACGCGCAGUUCCAGGCCUCCGAGGCCGCUGCCCGGCGUGCCGAGUUGGCUCGCAAGGCGGAGGAGAAGGCGGCUGCGGAGAGCGAGCGGCUGCGGCGGGAGGCGGCGGAGGAGCGGUCGCGGCGGCGGCAGGAGGAGCUGCGGCAGCUGCUAGACAUCAACCUAGCCACGGAUAUCAAGGUCCUGGAGCUGCUCUUUGCGAAGAAGAUCGCUCGACGCCGCGCCCUCGCCGCCUUCCUUCGCUCGGACGGACAGCCCAAAGCAGCCGCCAGCAACAAGCCCGGCGGCCCCUCCUCCACGACGGGGGCCAAGGGCGGGUCCUCGCGACCCACGGGUCAUCAGUCGCACCCUGUGUAUUGGUUGCCUGUGCGACACUGCGAGGCAACCUUGGCGGUCAAGGAGCGGCAGGAGAAGGAGCUACGGGACUGGGAGGAGGCGGUUCUGGCGGAGUUGGAGGUGGAGAAGGAGCAGCUGCGGCAGCGAGCGGAGCAGCGCCGUGUCAACAUCGCGGAGCGGCGGCAGCGCGCUGCUGAGGCGCGUGCGGCGGGGGCCGGGGCGGGAGCGGCGGCGGGCGCUGGAGUGGGCGGCGCGGAAGAGGAGGAGGAGGAGGAGAUGGACCAUGAGGCCCUGGAAGGUGUGGAGCUGGAUGCGCACCAGCUGGAGGAGCAGGAGGCGGAGGAGCACAACGGGGAUGUGGAGGGGGAUGUGGGCAUGGAGGGGGAGGGGGCGGAGCAGGAGCUGCAGCGGGGCGGUGGAGGAGAGCCGGCAGGCAAGGCGGGGGCCACAUCGCCGAGUGCUGCUGAUGCGGAGAAGGAUGGCGGAGACGCCGGGAUGGAGGCGAGAGUCGACGAGAUGGCAGCUUAACAAGCGGGAGGGUUGCUGCUGUUUUUGCUGGUGAUGCUGUCGAGCGCUUGGCGUUUAGGGGUGUUUAAGGAUCAGGAUAGCAGGGUACGUGUACGUCAUGCGCAGCAUGCAGGGCACGAGCUUAUUCCCCCAUGUUUGUCAGAAUCUGACAUCCUGGCUGAGGUGUAAGGGGAGAGAGGCCCAUGAUGUGUCUCAAAUUCCAAUCCUCUAAUUGGUACGUUCCUUGUCCGUGCGUGCUAGAUGCUGAUGCAUGCACGCUGUUGGCUCCGAGUGGCUUCGGAUUUGCUGCGCAAGGGUGUUUGUUGUCGUGGGGAGACAGGGCGGGCUGCGAUGCCCUUCAUGCCAUCAUAUGCCUCGCUUGAUGCCCCUGCUGUUGAUUGAUGCAUGCCGGGGAAGCUGGCCGGGCGGUGCUGCCGGUGUUAGCUGCGGCCAUGUCGGA